UUGAUUUCAGCCCACCGACCACUCGAUAAAGAAUACUUCCCCGAAGAGCUCCCUUGUUCCCCACCAGUACUUCUGAGUUAACUUUAUGCUCACCUCCCUUCUGCUCAGUCAUCACCAUACGACAUAAACGUAAAUUGCCCUUGAGAUCACCUCUCUGGCCAAAUUCAAUUUGGUGAAUCACUCGAUUCCGACCCCUGGUCAAGUCCAGAACAAUCUCCCAAGAUUGCUUCCCCAGAUCAUCCUUGCGAAUUCGUGGUGGUUGCCCCCAGGUGCUACACCCAGCCUUGAUCCCGAACUGAUUCUACUUCGAGAACAAGAGGUCCGAUAAGCGUGCAAACUGGCUAUACUCCACCAGUCGACAUUUGACCGGUUAAAGGCAUUAAAGCUGGAGAACAAGCGUAAAAGACAGCAUCUCAAAAACGAGGAGUUAAAGUAUUCCAGUAACAUCUGGGUAUUGAAAGAAUUUAGGUAGGUCGAGUGAUCAUGGCCAAAUCCCAAUCUGAUUCCGAAUACAAACCGUCAACUUCUGACUCGAACAACAUCAAGUCCAACAUCAAGAAGAACCUCUCCGCCAUGGAAUGGCUCUUAGAACCUGGGCAGUUUAAGAUGAAACCUGAAAUGCAGCAGGUCACCAUGUCCAAGAUCACGCAAUGGAUAUCCAAGAACCUCUUGCUCAUCAUCACCUUCUCAGGAGUGAGCAUGGGCGUUUUGGUGGGCGUCUUGCUGCGACCCUACGAACUGGAUGAUCUCUCGAUCUCUUACAUCGCUUACCCGGGAGAACUCUUCAUGAGACUCUUGAAACUCAUGAUCUUACCACUGAUCAUUGCUUCCCUUAUAACGGGGGCGGCAAGUCUGAACGCCAAAAUGAAUGGGAUGAUUGCUCUGAGAACGAUUGUGUACUUUCUGACUACAUCUUUGAUCAGUGCUCUCAUUGGCUUGAUCCUUGUGCUGGCGAUCCACCCUGGAAGCACAGAAACCAAGGAUGCAUUGGGAAGUGGAACAACGGAAGACCGGAAAGUCGACAUUGUGGAUAAUUUUUUGGACCUUGGGCGCAAUCUCUUUCCCGAUAACAUAUUUCAGGCUUCGUUUCAAACUGCUCACACGAAAUACAUUCCAACCAAAAUUGAAGUGAAUACUACCGCCGAUCUGGAUUACGUCCGAGAGUUGGGCUACCGCUCGGGAACCAACACCUUGGGCAUUAUCUUCUUUUGUUUGACCUUCGGCACUGUCCUUGGAUCACUUGGGAAAAAGGCUCAGAUGGUCAUUAACUUCUUUAGCGUUAUCGAUGAAGUCAUCAUGAAAAUGGUGUAUGGAAUCAUGUGGAUCUCGCCCAUUGGUAUUAGUAGCGUCAUCUGUGCCAAGAUCUUGAGUGUGGCCAACCUUUCUUCUGUCAUGUCUCAACUUGGUUUAUUCAUUGUGACCGUGGUGUCAGGCAUAUUCCUCUACCAAUUCACGAUUCUCCAGCUGAUCUACUUCAUUUUUGUUCGCAAGAACCCUUUUAAGUUUUGGUGGGGUCUUUUUCAAUCCUGGAUGACGGCAUUCGCCACCGCUUCAACAGCUGCUGCUCUCCCGGUCACGUUCCGAUGUAUGCAAGAAAACAACAAAGUGGAUUCUCGGAUUUCCAAAUUCGUCUUGCCCAUUGGGGCCACUGUCAAUAUGGAUGGAACAGCACUCUUCGUCACCGUGGCCUCCAUCUUUAUUGCUCAAAUGAACGAUAUCCAUUUGGAUGCUGGAUCACUUGCUACCGUUGUAUUGACCUCCACUGCUACAAGUAUUGCUGCGGCGAGCGUACCCAGCGCUGCGUUAGUAUUGAUGCUGAUUGUCCUGACUGCUAUUGAUGCUCCUUAUCAAGAUGUAUCACUUUUGUGGGCCAUCGAUUGGUUUGUGGAUCGUUGCCGAACUACCAACAACUUGUUAGGCGACUGCUACGGGGCAGCAGUUGUGGAGGCCCUCUCCAAAGAGGAGCUGAAAGCCAUGGACGCUCUCCGAGAUGAAAUGGAGCAGAAAGAACAUGAUCAAGGUCUGGAGAACGCCAAAGCCAUGCUGGCAGACAAGUGGGAAGAAGUGGUCAAGGUUGAUGUGUUGAAGAGAUCAUCAUUUCUCACCUUUUCAAAAAGCAAUUCACGGUCCACUGAAAUGACGGAGGAGGAACGAGAUGACGACGUGACAAACAUGUCUGGAAUGGAGUCACCCUCUGGAUCCAUCAAUGGCUCCUCCGUAGAAGUUCCCGAGGUCAUUGUUGUGGAUACCAACACUCUAAGUCAUAAUGGAGCAAAAAACUAGAUGGAAGAAGCCGUUCUCGUUGACGUCAAACAGUACAUAUGUGUAAUAAAACUCGUCGGCAUCGUUUGUUUCUAACACAAACGCGCACACCCACUUUUGAUUGGAUUGUUCAAACCAGUUGCCAUAGGAACGUGGUUUACCUUACUUUGGAGGCAUGCCUUUGGUCAAUCGCAUGUGUCUCAUUAUUGAAACAUAUUUCUGUCCAACUUUAUUUAUUCUGAUCAUGAUCUAUUAGAUAUUGCUAAUUAGACUAUCUAUCACUCUGAACCGUGAA